AUGAUACAUUUGCGAGACGCAUUGCGAAGGGGAGGCGCCAUAAAAUACAUGAGCAAUGUCGGAAGUAAGCAGAGAGUAUGGGAGAAAGGUCUGAACAAAUUCCCCUCCCUAGGCAACAGAAAAUUGCACAGUAAAAAUUCACCAAAUGAACAAGCACGAGAAGAUAACAACACUGAUAACCUUAUCGAUGAGGGAAAAAAAAGAAAUUAUAAUUUCUUCAAAAGUUUCUUUGUGGCAACAUUUUUCUGUUACUGUUCCUACGAGUUUUUACACAUUAUACGGGAUCAUGAACUGGUGAAGGAAAAAAUAAAACAUGUUGCAGAAUUGUCUAACCUUAUAGACUUAAAAAUAAUACCUCUCCUAAUGUUCUUGAAUGGAAUAGUUGACAAGCUAAAGGGGUACCUACUGAUCAUUGUAAAAAAUGGCAAUUAUUAUGUGCUUCAAUUUUGCCGCCCAUUAAAAGGGUUUAUCUCGAAGCGUGAUGAGAAUUGUAGCAUUUUUGUCGGUCCCGUUGAGAAGCGAGAUUUGUCCGAACCGUUUUCUUCGCUCAGGGGGGAGGACGGAGUAGAUGUUUCUGCUGAAGAUGGUGAUAGCGAAGCAGGUACCAUUGCCACUGCUCCUACCGCAAUAUCCCCCGAAGAUAAUUUUAAAGACAUUCAUAUUACGGAGAACUCCCCUAGUGAACUACACUCACUUAUCAGCUCUGAUGAGGGGGUGCAAGGGGAUAAUGUCAUGCCGGAAAAUGGAACCCAUUAUAAGGGUCUCUCCACACAAGGGGCACAGGAGAUAGAAGAUACGAAUCCAGUUAUGGAGAAUUCCUUUAAUGGCAACUUAUGGGAGCAUUCCUCAAAUGAUAACAUAGGAGUUGUCAUCAAUCCACUUAAUAAAGUAAACUCACCUGAUGAGGAUGAAGAGAAGGAUGUGCUUAAUUUAUAUGAUGAGGAUCUGAACAACCAUUUCCCCAUCGAUGGAUACGACGAUAUGAGCACGGGGAAAGCUACGAUUGGGAAUACACCCACUGGUGAAGUGACUACUCAUGGUGAAGGCGAAAGCGGUGGCACGGAAGAAAUGUUUCUACCUAGAGAAGUUGAAGAAGCAGAGAGGGGAACACAUGGGCAUCACAAUUUGGAUGGAUAUAUUUGUGAAGAUGGCGGGGAUGGUAACACUGAUGUGCCACUAAUGAAUGAUUCUCAGCAACCCCCCCUAGCUAGCAGUGUCGAGGAGAGCCCCAAAUUAUUCUCAGAUGGAAUGUUAACUGUAACGGAAGGGAUGCACAAUGAGGAGAGCUACACUAAUGUGCAUAGACAAAACGCGGAAACCUUAAUGGAGGGGGAAGAGCUGUGUAGUGGUGGGAAGGAAAAGGAUGGAAGCACAGAGAAAGUAAUUACAGACGAGAUGAAUGCGGACAUUUCACCGCACAGUGAUUCCGAUCACGUCGAAAAGGAACAAACAACUGAGGGAUCCGAUUUAAGGGCAGGGACAAAGGGGAGUGAUCCUCGUGAGGAUCAAUACACUCUUAACGAACCACAGAGUGACCCCCAAAGUGGCACACACACUAAAGCAUUAAUAAGAGAAAGGCAGCUGGAAAUCCCAAUGAAUGAUAAGGGGGUUAAAGGAAUUGUAAAAAGUGAAGUCCAAAAAUUUGAAGGAGAAAUUAAAGAGCUGUCUAAGGAGGAGCUAAAGGAUAAAAUAAUCACCAUGUUCCUAAACGAGUUGUUAACGAGAAAAUACAAAGACAUAUUGAUGGAGGAAGAAAAGGAAACACUGAAAAAAGUUCUGACAGUUAAGUAUAAUGAUAUAUAUUUGAGAGAAAAAAAAAAAAUGGAAAAAAAACUACAGAAAUCUGUUAAGAAGAAACUAAGGAAAGCGGAAAUGCUACUAAAAAAGAGUUACGAAAGCGAAAAGGAAAUAUUAUCACGUCUAAUGAGAAAUCAAAAAAAGGAAGAGGUGAAAAUGGAAAGGAAUAAAAUAGAAGAUGAAUUAAAUAGGGUAAGGGAAAACUACCUGAGCAAAAUAAAUUCCUAUGCAUGUGAUGUUGAUGCUAUAAAGGACAACCACUUUAGAGAGAAAGUCAAAAUGGAGAAACUAGAAACUAUAAAUGAUAUUCAAAAUAAACUGGUCCAUUUGCAGAACUGUAUUAUUCAAGAUUUAUCCAUUGAAUCUAUUUUAACAGAUUUGAAAAUAAAUUUUAAAAAAGAUCCUUUCCUAGACACCGUAUUCGCUACUUUGCCGGAUAACUUUUUUUCCCAUAUGUUCAAACCGACACCGAACAAUAUAGAAAAAAUAAAAAAAGAAUUUUACCUUUUAUACAAAGAAGGAGUAAAAGAAGCUUUCAUACAACAUAAUGAGAAUUACUUGUUAAAAAAAAUAAUAGGUACUGUUGCUCCCUAUUUUUACUUAAAUUAUGAGGCGAAAAUUAGCAUGAUUUUACAUAGGGCAUUGAAAAAUGAUUCUGCUUUAAAAUCUAAUUUGCUACAUUUAUCUUACGCUUUAAGUAGCGUGCAACAGAACCAGUUUGUAGAUGCUCUUCGCUAUAUUGAUGAGCUGAGCGGCAGCUGCAGAAAUAUGUUUUCCCCCUUCAGCGAACACGUCAAAAAUGUGGUUCUCUUUAGAUACUACUUGCGCUUAGCUGUGUCUAGGCUGAUGUUGGUUGGCAAGACUCUGCGCUUGGCGGAACAGACCACGUGA